CAUCAACCAUCUUUCUUUUUGGCGUGGCGUCGGUUAGGUGUGGACGUACUAUUCUCGAAGAAUUUUUUUUAAAUAUUAUAUUGUUUGUUUUGAGCUAAGAAGUUUAUAUUUUAAACAAAUUUUUUAUUAGUGGUUAGAAUAUUUUUUUUAUUUCGGUCAACAUGAGACCGCAAAACGGAGACGAUGGCUUUGAUGAGCCCGAGGUACAUAGAAAAAUUUUCAUUGGAGGAUUGAACUAUAGGACCUCUGAUGAAUCCUUAAAAGCACAUUUUGAAAAAUGGGGUGAAAUUGUCGAUGUUGUUGUUAUGAAGGACCCUAAAACGAAAAGAUCCAGAGGUUUCGGAUUUAUCACGUAUUCGAAAGCGCACAUGGUCGAUGAUGCGCAACUUAAUAGGCCACAUCGUAUAGAUGGCCGUAUGGUAGAAACUAAAAGAGCAGUAGCCAGACAAGAUAUCAAAAACCCGGAAGCUGGAGCUACGGUUAAAAAAUUAUUUAUUGGUGGCAUUAAAGACGAUCAUGAUGAAGAACAACUUAGAGAAUACUUUUCAAACUAUGGAAAUGUACAAAAUGUCAGUAUAGUUACUGAUAAAGGAACCGGGAAAAAACGUGGCUUUGGCUUUGUUGAAUUUGAUGAUUAUGAUCCAGUUGACAAAAUUUGUUUGAAUGCUCCCCACAAAAUUAAUGGUAAACAGUUAGAUGUUAAAAAAGCACUCCCCAAAGAUGGUUCUGACCAAAGAGGAGGGCGAGGUGGUGGUGGAGGAGGAAGAAAUGACAACUGGGGCAAUGGUGAAAUACCUGUCAUAGGAGGUUACGGAAACAACCAAGGAGGUUGGAACAACUCCAACCCAUGGGACAACAACCAAGGAGGAUGGGGUGGUAACCAGGGAGGUGGUGGUUACGGUGGGGGUGGUGGCAAUCAAAGAGGAGGGUGGGGGAAUCAAGACUUUGGUAAUUACAAUCAACAGGGAUACAGUGGUGGUCCAACGCGUAACCAGCAAUAUAGCAACAAUAGGUCCGCCCCUUAUAACGUGAACCAAGGUGGUGGCGGCAGUGGCGGCGGCUACGGUGGCGGCAACUAUGGCGGCGGUGGCGGCGGCAACCAAGGAAGAGGUGGAAGAUUCUAAGCUACGUUUCGUGCUAAGUACACUAGUAGUGCAGAGUAUAUCGUGCUAGUGUAGGCAGUACGCUCCGGAGCACUAGUUACUCUACUCUGGUCAACAUGCCAGACCACCUAGCAGAAGCCGUCAGGAAACCAGUAGAAUUAGUUGGACCUCAAUUUAUCUCUUAGAAAAUAUUAAUAGAUUACUUUAAAAUAUGUACUGAUAUGUAAGCUGGAUGAUAUUUAUUGUAGUACCUAGGUACUUACGGUGACAUACUUUUAAGGAUUUAUAUAGUUUGUGAAACCAGAUAUAGUUACUUUUUUACGGAAGUACAAUUUAGGUUAUCUUGUAAGAUUAUUUGAAGUAGAAGCUAGGAAAUUCUGAAAUAAGAUGAUGACAUUAGACUUGAAUUAAUCAUGACUACUUUUAUUUACUGACCUUAAAUCAGUAUUAAGUUCUCAAAUAGCUGUAAAUGAAAUAUAGGUUUAAAGUGGAUUACUAGGCUAAUAUAUGUAAUAAAUUUAUAAUUUAGUAACCAGUAGGGUUAUUUAUUUAGAAUUUGACUGUUAAAAUAAUCCCUUGAUUUGUGAAAUAUAUUGCACAUACUCUAUUUGUACUGAAAAUAUCUAAUUAUUAAAACUGUUCCAGGGAUUCUAUUAAAUAUCAGUGAAUUAGUUUAUCACUACUUUAUUUUCUAACCUGUUUAUUAUUUUUGGAGUAUUUUUUGAACGUCUAUUCAGAGAAUACUAAUGCCCUUAUGUUAUUUUAGUUCUUUGUAGUUUCAACUUCUUCGUCUUCUGUACAAUAUACAAAUAGAUCGAAAAUAAUAUGCGCUAGUCUUAACUCUAAAUUAAAAUGAUUGAAAAUAAGGGGCAUUAUAUUUUUUCUCACUUCUGGAGCAUAUGAUACUAGACUUGAUAAAUAUAUUCGUUUUUAUAUUUAAAAAAAAGUUUAAAUUAUUCUUUCAUUUGAACGACACUGAAGGUUCAAGUCGCUACUGAGAUAUAUAGGUACUCUGCUACGUGCGGUUUGGCUAGAGAUCGGCUUCUAGAAACCAACACUGGUAGGUAAGGUAUAGAUUAUAAAUUAGGUUUUAUCGAACCAUAAAAUUUAGUUGAAGAUAACGAUUUCUAAAAUGAAUUUUUGCGUCUCGAGGAUGGAUUUUAGGUUAAUAGGAGAGAUAUAGUUAACUUACACCUCAUUUAAUAGCGAAAAGGUAUUUUCCCGUUUUAAUUCGCUGUUACAUUUUUAGGGUUAAGGUAUAAGGUUUCUUAGAUGACAUAUUUUACGCUACUUAGAUUUUCAAUAAAUAUCGGACUGUUCAACGACACUAUUGUUCUAGAUGUUUAUAGAAAAAUAAAAAACAGUGCUUUAUUUCUGAUGACAAAUUUCUUUUUUUAACAUCGUUAAAUAGCUGUGAGAUAGAUAAUAUAUCCAAUUGUUUAAGGUCCAGUUACGGAUUGUUCUAGAAAUCUUUAGGACACCUUUAAAUUUGUUGACGUGCCCUAAUAUCAUCGAAAAAAGGGACUUUUUAAAAAUAGUUAUCAAUUUAUCGAAUAUCCAAGAAUCACUAUUUCAGGAACAAAAAUAUUUGAUAAGUCAUUUUCCGCAGAUAAACACAUGAUCGAAAGGUUCUGGUGUCAUUUAAUUUUAUUCAUUUCAUUUCUCUGUAGCACAUACUAUUUGCCCGUUUUGGGGUUACACUGACCUAAAAAUAACAUAUUUAACUAACAAAUUUAAUCUGCUUGCCAUAUUUAAUACAUCAUGCCUUUUAUUUUCAUGACAAGUCCAGUCGGGGGAUUUUACAUCAUACUUUUCGUUAUCUAAAGGUAAGUCCUGUAUUUUUUCUUAUUUCCUAACAUAUUCUAUAUCUAAUUUUAUAAAAAAAAUAAAGAAUAUUCAUUAUUA